GGAGCGGACAGCAAGGCGCUCGAAUGGUCGACACCGCGCCUGGGCACCUCCCCUACCUGCAGCCUCCCUGGCCCGUCCCACCCCUCUCCUUCUCUUCCCCCGCGCUUUUACACGGCGCUCCUGUCGCCCCGAACCUUCCUUGUGUAUACGUACAUAUACAUCCCCUCCCCGGUUCAUUCCCCCUCCUUUCUUCUCCCUCCCAUACUACUCCCUCCCAUACUCGUCCCUCCCGCCGACAGUCAAUUUCUAGCCUAAACGUCCUCGUCCUGACCUUCUCGUUUCCCCUCCUUCCCCUCAUGCCCCUUUCCCUCAAGUCCUCCCGACCGACCUCUUCCUCAAGUCCUUUCCGACCAAGCUCUAGUCCAUGCCUAGUUCCUCAACAUCGGAUAUGGUGUAACGGCCAACAUUGCCGCCUCUCAUAAGUAGUGUGUAAUGCUGUACUAAUUGCGCGGCAGCUCGGGGUUCGAUUCCCCGUAUCCGAAGUCAUUUUUGUC